UUAGCGCUUAGUUCUGCGGGCUCUGCUGCUGGUACGAUGUUGCUGCGGGGAAUUGUCCGGAGAACUCGACUCGUGGAGCAGCCGUAGCUCUGUGAGCGCACACUGCCGGGUGGGGCCGACACUUCCCGGGGAUGCGGCUCGGAGGUUAAAGAUGCGCGGCCUUUGAAGGAAGCCUCUCCGAGGAAGGAGACGAGGUGGUGGGUCGCGACCUAGCCUAAAGAGAUGGAGGACGGGCGAAAUGAUAAGGACAAUCAAGCCCAUGUCCUGUUUGACCGAUUUGUCCAGGCCUCAACCUGCAAGGGGACCUUGAAGAGCUUCCAGGAAUUAUGUGACUACUUGGAGCUGAAGCCACGGGACUACCGCUCCUUCUACCAUAAACUCAAAUCCAAACUCCACUAUUGGAAAGCCAAAGCCUUGUGGUCGAAAUUGGACAAGAGGGGAAGUCACAAGGAUUACAAAAAGGGCAAAGCCUGUAGCAACACCAAGUGUCUAAUAAUUGGCGCGGGACCCUGCGGACUGCGCACUGCAAUAGAACUAAGCUUCCUCGGGGCCAAGGUAGUGGUGGUGGAAAAGAGAGAUGCCUUCUCCAGGAACAACGUCUUGCACUUGUGGCCGUUCACCAUCCAUGACUUGCGAAGUCUCGGCGCCAAAAAAUUCCAUGGGAAAUUCUGUGCUGGAGCAAUUGAUCACAUCAGUAUUCGCCAACUACAGCUUAUCCUUCUGAAGGUCUCCCUCAUCCUUGGGAUUGAGAUCCACGUCAACGUUGAGUUCCAGGGAUUAAUCGAGCCUCCUGAAGAUCAGGAAAACCAGCGCAUCGGUUGGAGAGCAAAGGUUCACCCCAAAGGUCAUCCUGUAUCGGAGUAUGACUUUGAUGUCAUUGUCGGUGCAGAUGGUCGGAGGAAUACGCUGUCUGGUUUCCGAAGGAAAGAGUUUCGCGGCAAGUUGGCCAUCGCCAUCACAGCCAAUUUUAUUAACCGAAACACAACGGCAGAGGCCAAGGUCGAGGAGAUCAGCGGCGUUGCCUUUAUCUUCAACCAGAAGUUUUUCCAAGAUCUUCGAGAGGCAACAGGGAUCGAUCUAGAGAACAUUGUCUACUACAAGGAUGACACCCACUACUUUGUCAUGACUGCCAAGAAGCAGAGUCUGCUCGAGAAAGGGGUCAUCUUACAGGAUUAUGCAGACACUGAGAUGUUACUGUCACGUGCCAAUGUGGAUCAGGAGGCACUGCAGAACUAUGCCACGGAGGCUGCACGGUUUUCAACCCACCAGCAGCUACCCACAAUGGAUUUUGCCAUCAAUCAUUAUGGGCAGCCAGACGUAGCCAUGUUUGACUUUACCUGCAUGUAUGCAACUGAAAAUGCUGGUUUGGUGCGAGAAAGAAAUGGCCACCAGCUGCUGGUAGCUCUGGUCGGUGACAGUCUACUGGAGCCUUUCUGGCCUAUGGGAACCGGCAUAGCACGAGGCUUCCUUGCUGCUAUGGACUCUGCUUGGAUGGUACGCAGUUGGGCUCAUGGAGCAAGCCCUUUAGAAGUUCUGUCUGAGAGAGAGAGUAUUUACAGGUUACUUCCUCAGACAACACCAGAAAAUGUGAACAAAAACUUCAGUCAUUACAGUAUAGACCCCACAACUCGUUACCCCAAUGUCAACUUACAGUUCCUGCGACCAAGCCAGGUCCGGCAUUUGUACUAUACGGGAGAAAUGAAGGAUGCCAAUCUGGAGAUUGGCAAUCUGGUAAAUGCCCAAAGAACGCCCAAACUAGGCAGAAAUGAGUCUGUGGCACGCACCAGUAAGUUGCUGAGCUGGUGUCAGAAGCAGACAGAAGGCUACACAGCAGUCAGCGUUACUGACCUCACCAUGUCCUGGAAAAGUGGCCUUGCCUUAUGUGCCAUUAUCCACCGGUAUCGUCCGGAGCUAAUAGACUUUGGCUCCCUGGAUGAACGAAAUGUAGAAAAAAACAAUCAGUUAGCGUUUGACAUCGCUGAGCGGGAGCUGGGAAUCUCCCCUAUAAUGACUGGAAAAGAGAUGGCGUCCGUCGGGGAGCCCGAUAAGUUAUCCAUGGUGGUGUAUCUCAGCCAGUUCUACGAGAUGUUUAAAGAGACCGCCAACUCUGAAAAUGCGGAUCAGAACCUUGAUGAGAAAUCCGCCCUGCUGGCCAGCACUAAAUCGCCCAUCUCUUUCCUGAGCAAACUGGGACAGACAAUCUCUCGGAAACGUACCCCCAAGGACAAGAAAGAAAAAGACGUGGACAGCUCAGGCAAGAGACGGAAGACCAGCCAAUCAGAAGAUGAGGAAGGCUCCCGAUCUGUGAGGGAGGAGAGACCCUCAUUAGUCAGUGCUCUAACUGAUAGGCGAAUUGAUGCUGCUGUUGGAAACCAAAAUAAGGUGAAAUCGAUGGCAACUCAGCUUUUGGCCAAAUUUGAGGAGAACGCACCUGCUCCUAACACUGGACUGCGGAAACAGAAACCCAUCCUACCCUAUCAGCAGCGUUUACUAGAACAGGCUGCCCUCAGGCAGACUGAGCCCAAGUGGAAACAGCCCAGGACUAAUGACCUUCCCCGGACCUGUCCUAAAAAGGUCAUCAGGCUGUAUACGGGGUCAUGGCCUCGCUCAUACCUGCAGAGCAGCUCGGUGCCGUCCAGUUUCCUUGGCGAGAGGUGUUCCAGCCUAGAGAGGCUCGACUCUGAGCCCACUCGCCGAUCCCCAAUAGACUACUGGCAGAAUUCACUCACCCUGCGCUCGUCUGAACGCCCCGCCUCCCCUUCAUGCGAUGAUAUCCGUCAGAAAUACAUUAAGAUAUAUACAGGUGGAGUGAGCUCAUUGGCUGAACAGAUAGCCAAUCAGCUUCAAAAGAAGGAGACCCCAAAGCCUCUGUUUGGGAAAAAAGUGGGGUCCUUCAGGAAGGAGUUCCCUCAGAAUCUCGGCGGGAGUGAUGUCUGUUACUUCUGCCGCAGGAGAGUUUACGUUAUGGAGCGUCUGAGCGCAGAGGGGAAAUUCUUCCAUCGAAGCUGCUUCAAAUGUGACUACUGCAAUACCACCCUGCGUCUGUCCUGCUAUGCUUACGAUCUGGAGGAUGGAAAAUUUUAUUGCAAACCUCACUACUGUUACAGACGUUCCGGCUAUAGCCAGCGGAAGAGAGCGGCCGCUCCUGCGCAGGUCAGCAAGGAGCUUAAAGGACCCGCAAAGGACACGCCCGAUGCUGAAGAACCUGGACGAGCCCCCACAUUACCCCUUGCUGCUGCAGAGAAGACCCCAGGUCCUAGCAUGAAUGGUGUUGAGGACCACACUGUAGCCAAGAGAUUACGAGCCACUCCAGAGCGUAUUGAGCUGGAGAACUAUCGAGUGUACAUGCAAAAAGAAGAGCUGGAAGAAGUUCCAGAAGAGACACUGGCGGAACACAAUCUGAGCAGUCUACUGGAUAAAGGUGAAGAGGACGAGGAGGAGGCCGCCAGCAGUAGCUCAGAGUCUGAGAUGGAUGAAGAUGAAGAGGAGGAGCAAGAGGAAGGUGAAGAACCUGCACCUUCCUCUGAUCUUGGUGGUGUGCCAUGGAAUGAGGCAGUGAAGAUUCAUGCAAAACUGAAGGGACGGAGUGCAGAUGAAAUGGAAAACUACCAAUCUGUGGAGCCGGGUGUCAGUGAGGAUGAAGAGGAAGAUGAUGACGAAGAGGAGGAAGAUGAAGAGGACGAAGCCUCUAGUGAAGAGGGUGAGUAUUGCCCCUGGGAGAGAGAAUUGCAGCAGGGUCUCUGGCUUCAGCGUAUAUCUGAUGAAGACACAGUUGGUACAUUUAAAGUUGGGAACCUUAAACUGCAACAAGCGCUAUCCCCCAUGGACCCCAUGGAGAUUAAAGCAGAUGUCCACUGGACUCAUGUCCGCAAGAUUAACGAAGAGCAGGAAGGGGUUAACACAGAGGGGGAAGAAUUGGGCACAUCUUCUCCUUCCGAAGCGCUCCAGCUCCCUUUCCAACGCCAUGAUCCCGUAAAAGCGUGGCUGGAAGCCAUAUCUGGAGUUCCCUGCGAGGAUGAAGAGGCUGAGGCUGAGGUGCUGGGGACUGGCCUUGCAGAGGCUGAAGCAGGAGGUGAUGGGGACACAUCUGCAGAUCUUGGUGAUGAUGAUGACAUCCCAUCAGACGCUGAGGCAGAGGAGCGUCUUCAGCAAUCUCAGGGACUGAAGCUUAGACUAAAUGAGGAUGAGGGUUCAGAUGUGGUUCCAAGGGUACAGAAUGAGUCAGACAGAGGUUCCAGCCAAGUUGCAGUGACCCCUGAGCCUGCAGUCUUAUUGCCCGUCUGCAGCCCUAUAGGGGAGCGUAAGAAGGUCUCAGUUCUGUCUCCCAAGGAACUGACUUCACCAGGUGGCAGAUUCUUCCCUGAUCCUUACAUACAGCUAACUGGCAGCAAAGCAGCAACUCCAUUAGAGCCAAAAGCAUUAACCCCUGUCUUGCCAGUUUGUUCCCAGCCAGCCUCAACACAAGAACUCGUUACCCCAACAUCUCCUGUGAAACCCCCUUCAAUACCACCUCUUGUUCGUCCUCUUAGGUCACCAUUUUCUCCUAUAUGCUCUCAACCCUUACCUUCUACAGAGGUGGUCACUGUUCCCCCCACUACUAAGCCACCUGUAUGUCUGCAGCCAAGUCCAGUCAUCACUUCCACCCCCCUAGCCAAACUACCAUUUACCAGCCAUGUAGUAAGGACUGACACUUUGACCAGCCCCAAUUCAGAAGAGGCUUUGAAACGUAUUGACCUCAUAGAGGAGUUUUGGACAAAAAGCGCUGAGAUUCGACGUAGUCUUGGGUUGACGCCAUUGGAGCGAAGUAGAGCAUCUGAGGUCAGUUUUCCAUCCAUGGAUCCAUCUGUUCAGAGGACCUCAGUGUCUAAGACUACACCAGAUGAUCUGAAGUCUCCCCCACUUAAAGCUCAGCAUGCACUCAAGAAAGUGAAUCCUAAUAGACUGGACAUAGAGUUACUGUCACCACUCACUCCCAUAUCUCCAUCCGAAAAAGAACUUAAAAGCUCAGAAGGUGAAAGAAAGGACCUGUCAACUAGUUCAGGUCUCGGAUUAAAUGGCAGUAAUUCAAAUACUCGGACUGUGGGCAGUGAAAGUUUCAACACUUCUGACUCUGCUUUACUUACCCCACCUUCUAGUCCACCUCCUCCCCCACCACAAGGAGAAGAGCCUGCUACACUCCGAAGAAGUCUUGCCUCCUGGCAGAAUGGACCAGAAACUGUCCCACCAUCACUUCCCCAGACAAAGGUGAAAUCUCCCGAUGUUCCUCAACCCCCUCCAAAAUUAGAAGAAGUACGAAAGUCCUUUGUUGAGAGUGUGGAUGAGAUCCCUUUUGCUGAUGAUGUGGAAGAUACCUAUGAUGAGAGAACAGAUAACUCAAGCCUGCAGGAGAGGUUUUUUACUCCGCCAACAAGUCGGUCAAAACUCCAGAGACUUCCCUUGACUAAGGAAAAUGGAGAACUUCCAUGUUCUUUAGAAAAAGGGCACCAAAGAAAAAGACUACUUCCGCAGUUGACUCCUGAAGCUAAAGAGUUGGCUGAAGAGAGAAUAAGGGCAAGGGAGAAGUCUGUCAAAAGUGCGGCUUUGAGAGAUGCCAUGGCACAACAGCUUAACAAAAUGAAACAGCUUGAAACUGUGCAGGCAUCUAAUAGAGGAUCAGGUUUGUCUUCCACCAAACUAGCUACUUAUCUCCCUUCAGAGUCCAGAGCUCUACCAGAGGCGCCUACUCUCAGACUAGAGACUUCAGAUGAACUCUUUCUAUCGCCUCAACCAGCUGAGGGUUCGGUCACCUCCUCAGAAGGUUCAGGUGGUGGAAAACCCAAGAAAAGGCCUUCAUUGUUCUCCCCGAGGAAAAAGGAAAAAAAGUCAAAAGGGGAGCUGAGCCGAUUGUCUGAUAAACCAGACGAUGGCACCAAACCCAAAUCACUGUGGAAGUCUGUCUUUUCUGGUUAUAAGAAGGAGAAGAAAAAGAAGUCUGCAGAUGAUAAGUCUAUUCCGAGCACUCCUUCUAGCACCAACACUGUGGACUCUGGGAAAGUCAAAGUGUCUAAUGUGGUCCAUGGACAAGAACUUCCUCUCAGACGUCACUUGAGUUUCUCUGAGGAUUCUGAUCUUUCCAGUGAUGACGUCUUAGAAAAGUCCUCACAGAAGUCCAAGCGUGAUUCGGUCUAUGUUCCCCAUGCUCUGGCGUUCAGACGAUCGUACUCAUCAAAGAAAACCUACACGGAUGAGGAGCUGAACGCUAAACUCACCAAGAGGGUGCAAAAAGCUGCCCGGAGGCAAGCUAAACAGGAGGAGCUUAAAAGGCUGCAUCGGGCUCAGAUUAUUCAGCGGCAGCUGGAACAAGUGGAAGAAAAGCAGCGGCAGCUGGAGGAGCGGGGCGUAGCUGUGGAGAAAGCGCUGCGCGGAGAAGCUGACUAUUGGGGAGAGUCUUAUUACAGUGACCUCAUCGAUUUGCACCUGGGUGUUGAUCCCAUUGUGGGGACUCCACGCCGCAGACCUAUCUCCUUCUGUCCCUGCUGUGUCCACGAAGGAAUGGGCAAGAAAGAUGACCCAAAACUGAUGCAGGAGUGGUUCCGUCUAGUGCAGGAGAAGAAUGCACUGGUCCGAUACGAGUCUGAAUUGAUGAUAUUCGCCCGGGAGCUGGAGCUAGAGGAUAGGCAGAGUCGACUACAGCAGGAGCUGCGGGAGAGAAUGGCUGUGGAGGACCAGCUGAAAAGCGAGCAGGAGCUCUCAGAUGAGAAAAGGAUCCUGAACGAGAUGCUGGAUGUGGUGGAGCAGCGAGACGCGCUGGUGGCACUGCUGGAGGAGCAGAGACUGCGUGAGAAGGAGGAGGACAAGGACUUGGAGGAAGUGAUGUUAUCUAAAGGCUACAACAUGAACUGGUCCUGAGGUUCCUCUUCCUCCUGAGAUGUUGGUGACCCCCUCCUUAUGAGGGGGGGUAUGUCUUAAACGUGGGGGUCAGCACAGAGCUGCCUUGAUGAGGUCCUUCCCAUGGAGAUGUUACAUGAACCCAUUAACCCUUGCACAGCACUUUAGAGUGCAUUGCUGCAGAUAACAGAGGCAAAGUUUCCCGUCGUUGUGAGGGACUUUUUAUUUCCUAUACAGUACACCACUGAGAAGAAUUUCAGAGCUGCAGUUUCUAUUCAGGUUUACAAAGUGGCGCCAAGCAUGGACUCCGUGUUACUUUCGUCCCAGACAGUGGACAAUGGAGAAGUGAUUGUUCACUUGCAGUUGGGGUAUUUGGCCACUAGGUGGCUCCUCAGUUAUGUUUUCUGGCUCAGUCGUCCUCUUCAUAGAAGAUUUUAAAGGAACAUUGUGUGUUCUAGUGUUUUAUUAUGAGAUUGAGUACAGGUGGGUGUCAGCAAGUACGUGAUGCAUCCAUGACUGCGUUUAAUGGGCCAGCACUGAAACCCUCUCCCCAAAGUACUUCUGUUCUCACAAACAGAUUACCGAUUGUAUCAAUGUGUGAAUGAAGAUAGGAUGUUUCGCUGUUUUUAAUCAUAGUCUUCUUUUCACCUUGGAAGAAGCGAGCAGGGCGAAAUCAAGAUAGUCUACUCCACAAGACCCACUUGAGUUCUCUUAAAGGUUCUUCGUUCUUCCAUCACAGUGCCGCACUGGGCAGCCAUUUUUUAUUUGUGUAGUUGGGAUAAAUGUCGGGGUAAUACCUGCACUGUGAGAAAUGUUCCUUUAUUAUUUCAACCUCCAAAGAUAAUUUUAAAAAUAAUUUUUAUUCCCCUCAACAUAUUGGGGGAUUCUAAUGCCCAUUACAGCAAGUCUCAUGUCUACAGAGUUGGGUUAGUUGCCCACAGCAACAAAUUCAUUUUCUUAUUCUUAAAGGGGUUGUCCAGCCAGAUAAAAAGUAGGUUUGAUGUGUUUGAAAUUUAAUAUAUUGCCAGUACGAUUGGUGCCCCACUGUCCAGCUGCCCUUGAGGGUUGGUUUGGACUCUGCACUGAGCCACACAACUAGCCCCCUUCAAGUGCGUCACUUGUCACAUGCCUACACUGAGAGAGGGGGUGAAAGAGUUCACUUUCUCUGUCGGUACCGACCACAAAAUGCAGCUGGACCGGUGCCAGUACCGGCACAUUGUGGCCGCUAGCAUACUGAAAGUAUAUUAGAAAAAGUUAACCAAUUUAAAAUGCAUCAAAACAACAUUUUACUUGGCUGAACAACCCCUUUUAAGUACAGGUCAGCAAACGAAAGUUGAUAUAAUUAGUUGCUGCAGGCAACUCCUGCUUUUUGUCUGCUAUCUAUUUUAUACAUGCAAGUCUAUUUCAUCCAAUAAUAAUUGUCGUUCCUCUGUACAUCACAGUAUCAAGGUUUCCUAUUGGUCUAAAUCUGUCAAAAAAUAUUCGGAACCAAGAGCAAUACGGCUGAAGAUCACAGGUCUAAUCAGUCUCGUUCUUAAAGGAGUGGAUAUUGUUUUUUGUUUUUCUACAGUUACCGAUACGCCUGCUGCAUUGUAUGAUACAAUUGAAUGUCUUCACCUUUCUGAGGCCUCAACACCUAUAUAUUUUAUGUUACAUAGCAAAUAUUAAUUGUGCUGCGGACAUGUGUCCAGGUGACCUGCUGCCAUUGUACCAUGUACUAGUAGUUUCCGUGUUUUCAGGUGCAAUGAACGCCAUCACAACGCUUUCAAACAAUACAAUAACUAUAUAGAUAUACAGGGCGAGUCAGAAAUCAGGAACAUCACCUGCUUUCAAUUAAAUGUAAAGGAUCGGUUCAAAAUGGCGUAUGUAGCCUAUAUCAUAUGUAAUAUCAUAAUGGUAAUAAUGAGAUCUGACAUUAACCCCUUUCCACCCUGCCACAUACAAUGAAUUUAAGGCAGCUCUGCAUUUUAUGAGUGAGCCACUGUAAUAGUACAUCACAGUGGCAACGGCAUGGUAGCUGUGCCCAUGCUAUCACUUGGGGUUUCUGGGUGUAUCAUAUAGAGGACAUCCUUCUCUAACAGCCAGGAUCAGAACGAACUCUGAUCCCACCAAUUAACCCAUUAGAUGUCACAUUCAGUGCUCUCCUCAGCAUCUGCAUAUCACAACAGUGGUGGUUUGCCAUCGCGGCCAGGACCUUACCCAGGUCUGCCAUUUAUCUGCGCCUAUUAAGCCGUGCCAGAGGCAUAAUCCACUGCGAUACAGAAGUAUUGCAUGAUCAAAGCCCCAAAAAUUGUAAAAAGAUUUAUAAAAGUACUUUAUUAUGGAAAGAAGAUAAAAAAAAAAAAUGCACAUAUCUAGAAGUGCAGCAUCAGUAAGGACCAAAGGUAUGAAAUUAUGAAGCAAUUAAUCCCAUACAGAAAAAAAACACAAUCACCACAACCAAUGUUUGGUUUCACACCGACUAAAAACAGUUUAAAGAGUGAUCAAAAAGAUGUAUGUACCCCAAAAUAAGCCCUCAUACAACCAUGUCCACAAAAAGUAAAGCUAAGGCCGUUUCAAAUUAGACCACAUCAAUAAAGAGUUAACGUAGAAGCCAUCCUAUUUCAUGAGACAAUAUCUGUGACGUCCAAGAACUCAGACAAAGCUAUAGAGCACCCACAAAACGCUCUAACUGAAGGGCCAUACAGAUCAAUGAUUUGAGUCGUCUGGGUGAUCUGUAUCUCUGAGUUGCUCUUGGAUACAGGAACGGACUUUACCACCAUGCAAACCAAGCAAAUGCUUAGAGCCACAUAAUUCAGGGGGCUCACCAGUGUCCACAAGCAGUUGGCCGAAAUAAAAACCUCUAAACCAGGGAUGGACAAUACAGUCUGUGCAGCCAGUUGCUGGUUCAGCUGCACAGGGGCCCAGAGGGGAAGGAGGCUCUUCCUAGCUGUAGAUCUGUAGUACAGAAGUGCCCAGGCUCUACUGCUAAGCUGAGUGUGGCUUACCAGUGCCCUAGAGGAGAAGCCCAGUCUGCCUCCGAUCAGAUUUGAUGUUGCACUUUUGUUGUGCGACACGACACAGUGUAGCCUCAGCGUCUUACAGUAAGUUGACUGCUUCUUGACUCACCCUGUCAUUCUAUUCACUGCACUGUAGAAAUCACACCUAUUAUUAUUGAGCACUCUAUAUGGAGGAUAUGAUUCCUAGUACUCUGCAGACAUUAUUAAGUACUGCUAAGAUGGUGGUCAUUGUAUGGGAAUGGCUCAAAUCCUCUUCCUGCUGCAGUGUCCUCCUCACCCAGCUAGGUUCUCACUUCAGCCGAGUAUUAGGAUACAAGCACACAGAGCGUUCGUUAUGUGGCCGCAGUGCAGUCGCGUACCGUGUGGCCGCACAGGCUUCAGCUGGUCCUAUUUAAUCUAUUGAGGACCAUACUGUUUAGCCUGUAUUGUUAACGGCUGUGCAGACUGACUUAGGCUAGGUUCACACUGAGUUUUUCCAGACAAGGAUUUGGUGUGGAUUUCACUCCACAAAUGCUUGCAGAACUUCCCUAUUACUUUCAAUGGGGUGUCUGCAUGCUAAACCAUACAGUGCUGUUUUUUUCUACAUGCGGUUUUAGAAACCACUCCAUGGAAAAAAAUAGUGCCCUGUCCAUUCUUGAUGCUAAAUCUGCAUCCGGAAUUCCAUAGAAAAUGGCUAGAAAUAAAAAUCCUGUCCAAAACUGCACAGCAAAAUGGCAUGGAAAAAAAAAAAUCUGAUUCAAGUUUUGCAUCCGUUUUUUUUUUUCCGCUUACAAAAUACUCUGUGUAAACCUAACCUUAAGAGUGCCUACAGACAUGGCAGAUUUUGUUGCAAAAAAUCACUUCUAUUCAUCUGGAUUGGGUUGUUUUUGCAAGAAGCGCAUGGAUUUCUGCAGGCCCUGUUCAGAUGAGUGGAACUGAUUUCCAGUCUCAUAAGUUUCUGCAACAAAAUCUGCUGCAUGUGAUAGCGUCCUAUACAGUGCAGUUCUCAUUAGUUCAAUUAGGGGCCGCUGUGGACUGUAGGGCUGUACGGUAUGUCAUUGCAGCGCAAAUGCAUUGCAACAGAGAUACAAGCACGCCGUGUGCUCAAGAGUGGAUCCGCAAUUUGCACUUAACGUCUCAUGCACACAAAUGUAUGUUUUUUUCCGUAUCCGUUGGAUUCUUUUGCAGCCUGUAUGCGGAACCAUUCACUUCAAUGGGGCCACAAAAAAAGGAAAUUACUUUGUAUUCCUCGUCCCCAUGGCCAUUCCAAAAAAAUACAUGUCGUAUUAUUGUCCGUAUACCGGACAAGGAUAGGACUGUUCUUUUAGGGGCUGGCUGUUCCGUUCUACAAAAUGCGGAACGCACGCGGCCGGUAUCCAUGUUUUGCGGACUGCAAACCAUCCAACGGUUGUAUGCAUGAGCCCUAAGUCUUGAUUUGCCCAUCAUGUUAUGAGUCUGAGAAUCCUGCAGCUCCAUUCUAUACUCUGUAUGUGGUGGUUAUACGGAAGGUUGAUGGAUGAUUUAUUUUGACGUUUUCCUGCUGUAUGUUGUGUGUCGUCAUAACACAUACAGAAGCCAUGACACCUGCUGCUCUGCACAACCCUUGACCGACCAGAGGGUUCUAUUUGCAAUGGUCUCUUCUGCUUCUUGUAGUGGGGGUGCAAAGUCCCCCAUCCUGAUAGUAACCCAUCUGGGCACAUGGUCACUUGUUGGUGGUGACCCCCUGCCUCAGUGCCCGGUAGGGCGAUAUCAGGCUGUUUCGUACCACAGUCACUGGUUGUGGUUGCCUCACCCUGAGAAUUUGCGCAGACACUGUUAUCACUUUGAUUUCUUUGUUGUGUUUUUUUGUCAAUUAACUUAUUUUUUAAUACUUGAAAGAAAAGUUUUGCUGUUUUAUAUAUAAAGGUUAAGAAGUGAAA